UUUUUGACACCCUGCCAGGUGCCCUGCAACCUACGAUGACAUUCAGAAACACCUCCCUGGAUUUAUUUUCGCAGUUUUAUAUCUUUCAGAAUUUCUCCAUGUAUUUUAAUUUCUCUUUGGACGCCAUGUACGACAGAGGAGCGAAUUACGAGUCUGAAUCCCACAGACCGACCAUCAGAGCGCUGCUCGUCGUCGCAUAUUCCGUUAUUAUCAUCAUCUCGCUGUUCGGAAACGUGGUGGUUUGUCACGUUGUUAUUAAGAAUAAACGGAUGCACUCAGUGACAAGUUUAUUCAUCAUGAAUUUAGCCAUUGCUGACAUUCUUAUAACUCUCCUCAACACGCCUUUUACACUGGUUCGGUUUGUUUACAGUACAUGGAUGUUUGGGAAGGCGAUGUGCCAUGUGAGCCGCUUUGCACAGUAUUGUUCUGUUCAUGUCUCUGUUCUUACGCUGGUCGCUAUCGCCAUUGAUAGACACCAAGCAUACCAGGCAGACCUGCUUAAAGAGCUGGAUGAGGGCGAGGAACUUAACUCCGAUAACAUCGAGGAGUUAAGAAGAACUGCUGAUCUCUCUCUCCGCGCCACCAAAGAGACGGCCCGCGCCAUUGGCAAUAACAGAGUACGGAUGGUAUGUCUGCCCAGCUUUCCUCAUCCCUCCGAUCUCUUCUGGAAGUAUCUGGAUCUUGCCACCUUUGUCCUGCUCUAUGUAUUGCCUUUAGCAAUUAUCUCCUCAUCGUACCUUGUGGUUGCCAAGAAGGUCUGGUUCCGGAAUGCUGUCGGUGAUGUCACGCUGGCUCAAUCGGCCACUCAUCGCAGAAGGAAGAAGACAACUUUGAAAAUGCUAAUUGCAGUGGUGGCCGUGUUUGCAGUCUGCUGGUUUCCUCUAAACUGUUACAUUGUGCUGCUGUCAAGUAAAGUGAUCCAGGCUAACAAUGCCCUGUACUUCAUCUUCCACUGGCUGGCCAUGAGCUCUACCUGCUAUAACCCCUUUAUAUACUGCUGGCUAAAUCACAGCUUCCGUGCCGAACUCAGAGCCCUGCCUCUAAUUGGCCGUAUAGCCAAGGGCAAUGCCAUCCAGCAAUCCUAAGGAAGCACCCAAGAUUUUGCCGUUCUAUUUUUUCUUUUAAAAUUCUGCUGUUUUUAUAAACGCAUAUUCGCAUAAGAAAGCACUGUAGCAGAUCAUCUCUCUCACCUCCCAACCUAGUGGUUUAUCAUUUUUAUCCCAUCCACAGCGCUCGUUUAGUCCUCUCCAUCUUAGUGAAAAUGACACCUAAACCCAUGUCCUUUGAAAAAAAAACGUGUUGCCAUGGAAGAGAUGACAUAAAUAAGCACGGUAUGAGAUGUUAAAUAGAAACUUUAUUCUAUUUUUCAAGAACAAAAUCAAAAACACUCCAUAGUGGAACACACUACAUGUGUCACGUUUCUGUGCUAUAC